CUCCCCCUCCGCCUCCCACCAGUGCACGACUAUUGCUAACCCCUGCUCCGGAUCCCCCCUCCCGAGGCCACCCGAUCCGCGGAUUAGCCGUCCCCCAACCCCAUCCGGGUAUUUGAUUCCGUCCCAAUCUUAUCGGAUCUCUCUGGGGUUUUGAUUUCCCAUCGUUAUCAUUUUUGGGGUUUUUUUUUUUUUUUUUGUUGCGCGUUUGUUGCUUGGUGUGUUGUUGGUAUGAAGAUGAUGGGUGCGAGGGCGGCGGCGGCGGAGGGGAGGACGGAGGAGAAAGAGAUGGACUUGCUUCUCAGCGAGAUCCCUCACGUCACGUCGCCGCAGGGGCAGCAGCGCGGCGGCGCCGGCGUCAUCGGCCACGGCAACGGCGUGCAUGGCGCCGCGGGUGGUAACGGGUUCGCCGCGCAGCGCUACGGUGGCGAGGACGCGUACUACGCUGUGGUCCUGAACCGUCGCGAUGAUGGCGGUCAAGCUCAGGGCGGCGGCGGCUUCCACGCGCCGCUCUCCGUGGGCUCCGCGCCGUUACAGGCGUCCAUCCCGUUCGUUGGUAGCGCGCCAUCGCUGUUGGCGCAGGCGGUGGACGACCAGGAGAAGCAGUGGCUCGCGAACCAGCUCCGCGGCCUGCACAUCGGGGACGCGCCCGCCGCGGGCGCACAGGCCGCGCUACAGCGCCAGGACCCGCCACUCCAGUCAGUUAAGAACGCGGCCCCCGCGGAUGUCCUCGCCGCGCACAGUGCGUACUAUGGCUACAACUUUGGGGCGCCAGGUUCUUCCGUCCACCAUGAACACCUGUCCCUUGAUCAGGCCAAGACGGUCGGGUACGUCGCAGCACGGCCGCAUCGCUUCGUGUCGGACGUUGGCUUGGAUGGCUACAGCGGGUUCCCCAGAGGCUUGGACACCAGCAUUGGCGGCUUGGUGUACAAUAGGGUAGGGAAUGACACUGGCAUUGGUUGGGGCCAAGGGUUGGUGCACCCUGAUCUCGCCGAGUCGUACGUGGUCUCUGGUCAGGCUGGUGCAGAACACAAGUGGGAAUUCUUCAGUCCUAGUCCCAUUGCCCUCAACGCCCGCGGCGGACCGAAGCUGCACUAUGCGUAUGGUGUCCCUAUUGCAGACAAUGGGUUUGCGAGAGGCGGCUUCGGUCAAUUUGAGGCAUUCCGUUGCGAGAACAAUGUGAUAUUUGAUGGGAAGAAGAACAUAAACUUCCUGGACCGUGGGAGGGAGAGGAGAUUCCAGCAGUGUGUCAGUAACAGGGCACUGGAGCUGGGGAAUUCUAAGACGCUGAGAUAUGAGAACAUGGUUGGAGUCAAGGGCUACAUCUACUUCAUGGCCAAGGACCAGAAUGGGUGCCGGUUCUUGCAGCAGAAGUUUGAGGAAGGGAAACACCAUGUGGAUGUGAUCUUUGAAGGAAUCAUCGACCACAUUCCAGAGCUUAUGAUCAACUCUUUUGCCAACUAUCUCGUACAGAAGAUGCUGGAUGUAUGUGAUGAAGAUCAGAGGAUGAGGAUCAUUACCGUGCUGACGGAGGACCCUGUGAGGCUGCUGAAAAUCUCUCUAAACACACAUGGGACAAGGGCAGUGCAGAAAUUGAUAGAGACUGUUAGGAGCAGAAAGGAGAUUGUACACAUUAUUUCAGCCCUACAACCAGGCUUCAUGCACCUUGUCAAUGACCUUAAUGGUAAUCAUGUCAUACAGAAAUGCCUGACAAACUUUGGGGCAGAGGAGAACAUGUUUAUAUUUGAGGCUGCUGCAACUCACUGUCGUGAGAUGGCAAUGCAUCGCCAUGGAUGUUGUGUUUUACAACGUUGCAUAUCUAUUGCACGUGGUGGAUAUCAGGCCAAGCUAGUUGUAGAAGUAUGUGCUCAUGGCUUUGAGCUUGCUCAGGAUCCAUUUGGGAAUUAUGUGGUCCAGUAUGUUCUGGAACAGAAAAUUCCUUCUGCAAAUGCACACUUGGCAUCUCAGUUUGAAGGAAGGUAUGUUUACCUCUCUAAGCAAAAGGUGAGCAGCAAUGUGGUGGAGAAAUGCCUGAAGUUUUUCUCGGAUGAUGAAAAAUCUGUCAUAGUACGUGAAUUGAUCGGAGGGUCUCAUUUUGAACAACUGCUGCAAGACCCUUAUGCCAACUACGUCAUUUACACUGCCCUUCUCAACACCAGGGGCCAUCUGAACAAUACCCUUAUUGAUGCAAUCCGCCCUCACGAGGAAGCCCUUCGGACUAGCCCCUGUUGUAAGAGGAUCUCCAGGGCCCUCUCCAGGAGGUGAGAGGUGUACAAUCUGUACCUGUGGUACAAGGAAGGCUGCCUGUAUUCGAUUGCUGUCAAUUUACGUCCACUAGCUGUUCACCAUAAUGUAUUCUGCCACACCGCCCACACGAGCCUCAGGCUUCCGCAAGGCGGGUUUUGGUCGCUUCAAGUUAUCGUCAGGUUGUCGAAUUUUUCCCAGGUGCUACCGCCCGUCCGUGUCUUCCGUGAUGGUGAUGCUGUAGUGUAGAGUUGUAAAAGGAACUUGUGCUUUCUGCCUUCUCUGCUUUGUAUCUGAUGUAUUAUUUUCCCCUUCGGUUUGU